GCCCCCUAGAGUUCUUCAAGACUAGUACACUCUUCGUUGUUUAUGUUUUGUACAGCAACACAUUUGGACUUUGAAAGGCUGUUGUCUGUGAGGCUUGGAUAGCCUGAACCACAAGUACCCGGCCAAAAAAUAAAGAUAUGUUUUGAGUGACAUUGCACAAUACUGCUCAGAAUGAACAGCGAGGAAGAGUUCUACGAUGCAGAGACAGGUCUCGAAUCAGAUGAGGACUCUUGUGAGGUCAAUUUUGAAGAUGCCCGAGUGUAUGACAGCAAGCAUUCAUCCAAUGACAGCACACCUCAGGCAAAUGGAGUGUGGGAGCGCAGGAAAACCCUGCCUGCUCCAAUGAUCUCCAGAUGUGACUACAGUGUGUGGGGCAUACUAAAGAAAUGCAUUGGCAUGGAGCUGUCCAAGAUAACGAUGCCCAUCGUGCUCAACGAGCCCCUGAGUUUCCUCCAGAGAAUGUCAGAGUACAUGGAACACACUCACCUCAUCCACAAAGCCUGCACCCUGUCAGACUCCAUAGACCGCAUGCAGGUGGUAGCUGCUUUUGCAGUUUCUUCUGUGGCAUCUCAAUGGGACAGAACUGGAAAGCCAUUUAAUCCGUUGCUGGGGGAGACCUAUGAACUCACACGUGAGGACGAGGGGUACAGGUUGAUCUCAGAACAAGUCAGCCACCAUCCACCUAUCAGUGCCUUCCAUGCCCAGUCUCUGAAGCAGGAGUUUGAGUUUCAUGGCUCCAUCUACCCCAAACUCAAGUUCUGGGGCAAGAGCGUGGAGGCGGAGCCUAAAGGCACCAUGACACUGGAGCUGCUCAAACGUAAAGAGGCGUUUACAUGGACAAACCCUCUCUGCUGUGUACAUAACAUCAUCAUGGGCAAACUCUGGAUUGAGCAAUACGGAACUGUGGAAAUAGUCAACCACAACACGGGGGACAGGUGUGUGUUGAACUUCAAGCCGUGCGGCAUGUUUGGGAAAGAGCUGCACAAAGUGGAGGGCUACAUUCAGGAUAAGAGUAAGAAGAAGCGACGUGUGCUGUAUGGGAAGUGGACAGAGUGUAUGUACAGUGUGGCGCCUAAGGUGUAUGAAGCCAACAAGAAGAAGGCCGAAAAGGGAGAUGCUAAGAAAAAUAAACCGGAGCAAAGUGCUGGAAAACAGGAGACUGAAGAUAUGCCUGGGGUUCAAGAGACCGUCUCUGUGAUAACAGGAAGUGCCUUACUGUGGAGAAUAACCCCACGACCUGCACAUUCUGAAGAGAUGUAUAACUUCACCAGCUUCACCAUGACACUGAAUGAGCUGGAGCCUGGUAUGGAGAGGCUGUUGGCACCCACAGACUGCCGUCUACGACCCGAUGUCAGAGCAAUGGAGAAUGGAGACCUGGACACAGCAAGUGUAGAGAAGGACAGGCUAGAGGAAAAACAGAGAGCUGCACGCAAGGAAUGUUCCAAGGAUGAAGAAGAGUGGUCAACCAGGUGGUUUCGGUUGGGAACAAACCCUCACACAGGAGCCGAGGACUGGCUGUACACAGGGGGAUAUUUUGAUAGAAAUUACACAGACUGUCCCAACCUUUACUGAUGGGGCAGGAGGAACAAGGAAGGGUUUCCAUCACCGCCCGUAGUGGACUGAUGUUUGCCCGAUGAUCCCGUUCGUUCUCAGCCUUAGAAUGUCAGGCAGCUGAGCCCACAAUUUUAUAACAGUUUUGCCAACCUAGACAAACCUCUCCCGCAAUACAACAAUGGAAUCAAGAAGUGAAUAUGCAUGUGACAAACAUGAUUUAAUUCCCAUUUUGCAAGUGACAAAGGGAACAUUUGAGCAUUGUGAAAGACUUAAAAUCGAGGCUAAGAUAAGAGAAUAUUCAGUCUUCCUAAAUGGCCUGGGCCUCCUGGUUAAUUAACUGGAAGAAUCCCACUCAUCUCUGAUGGUUUUAUUUAUGGUACCCAAGGCUUUCUAAAACCACAUCUGAUAAUGUGACAUCUGUGGUGGUGGCCAUUGUUCAGCAGUGGAAUAAUGUACUAUAGCUCUGAUCGACAUGCAUUAUUAUGUUGAGCUAGAUUGGAAGGAGGAGUUUGUACAAUACUCACUGUACAAACACAGUUACAUUUAAAGAUCAGGCAUCAUUCACACAACUUUUAUUCAUAAGUUGUGUGAGUGUUAAGACUUUUAUUUGAGAUGUUUCUAAAACAGGAUGUGCACAUUGUUCACGUGCUGGUUCGUUCUUAAAUAUUAAGGAUUUGAACAUGUUGUUUUGUGACUAGAAGUCUAGAACUGAAAGCUGCUAAUGACCAUGUUCAUGUACUAACUUAGUAAACUAAGUGUUAUUUGUAAAUUAUUGUUAUGGCAUUGAAAACUGUAACAAAUGCAGAUGAUAAUUUGGUGUGUGUGUGUGUGUGUGUGUGUGCGUGUGUGCAUGGUCACCUAAACAAUUCUUUACACAAACGAAAGCCAUACAACACUUGAAAGAUUGUUUUUCCAAAUCGCAUCCCCCCUUUUCAUUACGUAAAGCUCUGGUAUUGAUCACAGCGACAUGAAAUAAAAUGGAGCACCUUUUAAAUGUCAGCCAUCGUAAAUCUAUGCAAACAAACAUGACCAUUAUGUGUCUGUCUACUGCACAACGAGGAGACAUAGAAUGUGAAAAUAAACAAACAUCACUUAUGGGCCUCCCUCAUUGGAAUCUGACCGUUGAAGAUUCUGUGCUGAACAUACAGUACUUCUAGAUUUGGAGAGGGUGUCAUACUCCAAUGUGAUAGCACUAGUUAUCUCUUAACACUACCAUCUGAGUAUGCUUCCAGUCCUGUGCACAGAAUGAUGGUAUCUGACCUGCUUCCCCCACCCUCACAUCUUCACAACACUUAUGUUUUGUUACCCUUAAUAAAAAAAUGUUUUAUGUAGAA